AUGGCCGCGUCCGCCGCCGCUGACGACGACGUCAGAAUCCACACCGGCGGCGAGGACGCCGGAUUCGACGUUGCCAACGUGGCAGAGCUCGCCCCCUCGCUGCCGCUGGAGACACGGUACCCGCCGUUCCCGCUGCGGCGGUGCAGCGGCUUCUGGCUGCCGGAGUACGCCCUCCCCGGGGUGGCGGCCGCGCACGCGCGGUUCGAGCCGAGGCCGUCCGACGUCUUCCUCGCCACCGUCCCCAAGUCCGGCACCACCUGGCUCAAGGCGCUGGCCUUCGCCACGGCCGGCCGCGCCGAGCACCCACCCUCCGGCGGCGCCCACCCGCUCCGCCGCCGCGGCCCGCACGACUGCGUCCGGUUCUUCGAGUUCACCCUCGCGUACCCGGACGGCGACGGCGCGCUCGCGGCGCUCCCUUCGCCGCGGCUGCUCUCCACCCACCUGCCCUACUCCCUCCUGCCGCAGCGCGUCACGGCGGACGGCGGCGGCGGCGGCUCCGGCUGCCGGAUCGUCUACGUCUGCCGUGACCCGAAGGACACGCUCGUCUCGUGGUGGCUGUUCGUCAAGAAGAGCCUGGCUCCGUCGUACACCAUCGAGGAGGCGCUCGAGCAGUUCUGCGCGGGGCGGUGCGUUGCCGGCCCGCCGUGGCACCACGCCCUCGAGUACUGGGAGGAGAGCCGGAGGCGGCCGGAGAAGGUGCUCUUCCUCCGCUACGAGGACAUGCUGCGCGCGCCGGCGCGCCACGUGAGGAGGCUGGCCGAGUUCAUGGGGUGCCCGUUCUCCGGCGAGGAGGAGGCGGCCGGGGUGGCGGACGACGUCGUCGAGCUGUGCAGCUUCGGCCACCUCUCGAGCCUGGAGGCGAACAAGGCCGGCGCCACGAGCUGGCGCUACUACUCCGUCGCGAACGACUCCUUCUUCCGGAACGGGGUGGCCGGCGACUGGAGCAACCACAUGUCGCCGGAGAUGGCGGCGCGGCUGGACGGCGCCGGCGAGGAGGCCCUACGAGGAACCGGGUUUACCUUUGCAUCCAGUGGCGAGAGCCAGCCCACCGCCGUUGCUGACGACGCCGGCCGGCCGCGCCGGGAAGCAUGCAUUGCAAUGCAACCAGGCUUAAUUAGCAGAGAAAAUUCCCGUUGAUGCAUCUCCUGUCUUAUAUUGAGUGCUUUGCUAUGUUUGUUAAUCAUGUUUGUUUCAUCCAGGCAAAGAUCACGACCAAAGCACAUAUUUCUAUCGUCGAAUCAAACUGAGUGAGAUAACUUUCACCGUAUUUUCUCUUCAUUUAUAUUGGAUAUUAUAAAAUAAUGCUACCGGUUGCCUAGCAGCUAA